UUCUUCACACAUUCUUGUUUCUGGGCUAUCUGGUCGCUUUGAAAGAACCUGCAACAAUGCCGCUCUCUUCGAAACUUGACCGCAAGAUGCGGGCGUAUGAGGAAAGCACCGACGACGAAGAAUACUACGAGAUCACCGACCGAUCCACCUCUCCCUCCGUGAUAGAGACCGGAGGUGACGGCAUGGAAGUGCUCAGCUCGGAAGAAGAAGACGAGGAUGCAGAGGAUUCUGGGGAGGAGCAAUCAGACAACGACGGGGCUGUGCAGGCACAGAUGAGCAAAGUCUCUUUCGGCGCUCUCGCGAAAGCGCAAGACGCUUUGGCAAAGCAGCAAUCGACAGAUCGCAAACGGAAACGCGGCGACGAGUCGACAAAAUCACAGGAGAAUAAGUUACAAGCACUGAGGGAGCGAUUGCAGGAAAUCAAGGCCGCCAGAUUGGCACAAGAAGGCCCCACCAAGAAAAAGCAGAAGACGAGCAAACCGCAAACUCCAUCCGCGAAGAAAGAUGGUAAAAACAAGGAAGAGGAUGAAGAUGAUUCGUCUGAUUCUGACGCUGCUCCCCACGCGCGAUCAAGCAAGCAUGCACCGGCAGUUCAGUCCAGCAAACGCGCUGUUUCACGCAAGCGUCAAGUAGUCGAUGUCAAGAAACCUGUCUCCCGUGAUCCUCGUUUCGACAGCAUUACCGGACCGAAGCCCGACGAGAAUACGAUCAGGAAGAGAUACGCCUUCUUGGACGAUUACAAGAAGUCUGAAAUGGCAGAGUUGAAAGACGCCAUCAAGAAGACCAAAAACGAAGCGGACAAGGAGAAGUUGAAGAAAAAGUUGAUCUCAAUGGAGUCGCAGCUGAAGACACAAGAGAAGAAGGACCGGCAGCAAAGCGUUCUGUCUGAGCACAGAAAGAAGGAGAAGGAGUUGAUCAAACAAGGCAAGCAGCCAUUCUACUUGAAGAAAUCGGACCAGAAGCAGCUUGCGCUCAAAGAACAAUUCCAGUCCAUGAAGCCGAAGGAUCGCGACAGGGCUAUCGAGCGUCGUCGCAAGAAGGCGACUGCGAAGGAGCGGAAGAACAUGCCCGACGAGCGACGCGGAGUGUAG